UCCUUCUAUUCCAUCCUCACCUCGACUCACCUCACCUGCAAAACACUCAAUUCCUUCAAACCCUCAUCUCUCUUCCCCUCCAAGUUCCAGAACUUUUAUUUCAAUUUCUGUCAUUUUAGGGUUCUAAAGGAGUCUGAGAUUUGGGGUUUCUCGGACCCAUAUUUUCAAGAAUAAUAAAAAAUGCUUCUAAGGAGCUCAUCAACGCCCGUACUAAAUUCAUGGCUACCCCACUCCAAAGACUCAUCAUUUCCAGAACAACAACCCGAAAUGGUACCCCAAAUCGCCAAAACUCGUUCCCUUGCCCUCUCGGCCUCGUCGCGGUCUCCUCUUACAUUGUCGCCGAUCAACGACUCGGCUAGGAAGAUGACUCGGGCGGUCUCUGAGGCCGAUCUUAGAGAUCUCUCGCUGACGCCCAAAAGAAAGCCAUUCAAAAUGCCCUUGAAUGGGUUCGAGGAGAGAGAGGAGGAUGAGGAGAUGGAAAUGGCUUUUUCAUCUGAGUUUAGGAGAACGGUGUCGUUGGGAUUGCCAGAGGUGGAAGGGUGUGAGAUCGGGUUGAGGGAGAACAAGGGCUUGUUGGACGUUUUGGUUGAGGGUGGGGUUGGUGGAGGCGGUGGCAAGAUAUGCGGUGGUAAUGGCGGAGGGGGUGGUGGAUCGGACGGUGGAGAUGAUGGGAGCUCAGGAUUUUGGGAUUCGAAUAAUAAUGGGAGUGGUAACACUGAGAUCUAUUAUCAGAAAAUGAUCGACGCUUAUCCUGGAAAUCCCAUGAUUCUCAGCAAUUAUGCUCGUUUUUUAAAAGAGGUUCGUGGGGAUUUUGAAAAGGCUGAAGAGUACUGUGGGAGAGCCAUUUUGGCGAACCCAAAUGAUGGAAAUGUCCUAUCAAUGUUUGCGGAUUUGGUAUGGCAGAAUCAUAAGGAUGCUCCUAGAGCUCAGACUUACUUUGAUCAAGCCGUUCAAGCGGCCCCUGAUGAUAGUUUUGUUCUAGCAUCCUAUGCUAAGUUUCUUUGGGAUUCUGAGGAAGAUGAGGAGGAGGAGGAGGAUUUGAAAGAAGGCGCCAACAACAGAGCAUCGACACCCAAUUUGUUGCAAGGAGUUCCUCCUUCACCCCCUCCAUUAGCUGCUGCUGCAUAAAGAUAUCUUCGGACUGCUGACCUUUUGUUUAUACACUUAUAUAUAUCUGCCUGUUUCUUAACCUUUUUAGUGAUCCUUUGGCUGCUGCUGUGCUGGGGUGAGAUGGGUUGUGUAACUAGGACUGAUCUGGUUUUGUUUUCAAGUUCUUUUCUAGUCAUGUCUUGUAAAAGAAAUGUAAUCAAAAUAAGUGAUUAAAUGGAAUGUUUUGAAGGCAUAA